AUGUUGGAUUUGGAUAUACUUCAUGUUCAUGUGGCAUGAGAUGGAACACUUUUCUUACAAAUAUAUUUAGUGGUUUAUAGUUAAAGUUUAUCUCCUGACAAUCAUUAAAGAUAUAGUCAAAUUAGUGAACCAGUCAAUUUCGAAGAAUGUAGAUUACUUCUCCUUGUAAUGGCUUAAAAUUAUAUUUUAUAUACCACAAGAAAAGAAAUUGGAUUCCUUCAGAUCUCAAGGAAGAGGCAAAUAUGAUGACUUCAUUUCUAGCUCCAGGGAGAUUCUGCAGGCAUCUGGGGUGGGGGGGGCUUUGAAUUGUGCUCUCAUUUAAUUGAAAAAUAACUGCCAAGUUCAAAACUAUAAUUAGAAAAAGUAUUCUAACCAUUGUGUUUCAAGAGCGUAAACUGCACUGCAACUCUUGUUGGAAGUAGAACCAAAGAAAAUAGAGCAGAGCCUGAGACAGGACAGCUCUGUGGACAUGGACCUAUCUCUACUAAUUUGUUGGGGGGUGGCAGUUCAGUAGCCCUAACUUUCCCUAGCUUUGUCUUUGUUUACAUAGCAAUUUAAAAUGCUGGCACUGUUGAAGUAAAACAUACACAUAAAAAAAAAAAACUUUGGUCAGCUUUAAGAACUCAAAGCAUGCUUACGUUUUGCAUGCAGAUGGUUAAUGAAUCCAGUGUUUUUGCAGUUGCAAGCUCGUGCAUUCACUGGGCAAAGCUGGCUGCAGGUUGCAGUGGCAUCGCACAGGACAGACAUUAAUUAUAGUUCCUACUUUUUUCAAUAAUGUUUGGCUACUCGGUUCAGCGAGGAAGAAUGCCUCCAACCCAGCCCAAUCCAGGCCAGUACGCACUCACAAACGGGGAUCCCCUCAAUGGCCACUGCUACCUGUCCGGCUACAUCUCUCUGCUGCUGCGCGCAGAGCCCUACCCCACGUCCCGUUAUGGCAGCCAGUGCAUGCAGCCCAACAACAUCAUGGGCAUCGAGAACAUCUGCGAGUUGGCCGCCCGCCUCCUCUUCAGCGCCGUCGAGUGGGCCCGCAACAUCCCGUUCUUCCCGGAUCUGCAGAUCACCGACCAGGUGUCCCUGCUACGCCUCACCUGGAGCGAGCUGUUCGUGCUCAACGCGGCCCAGUGCUCCAUGCCCCUGCACGUGGCGCCGCUGCUGGCAGCAGCCGGCCUACACGCCUCGCCCAUGUCCGCGGACCGCGUCGUGGCCUUCAUGGACCACAUCCGCAUCUUUCAGGAACAGGUGGAGAAGCUCAAGGCGCUGCACGUCGACUCUGCCGAGUACAGCUGCCUCAAAGCCAUCGUGCUGUUCACGUCAGAUGCUUGUGGCCUGUCGGAUGCUGCACACAUCGAAAGCCUGCAGGAGAAAUCGCAGUGUGCACUGGAGGAAUAUGUGAGGAGCCAGUACCCCAACCAGCCCAGCCGCUUUGGCAAACUGCUGCUGCGAUUGCCCUCUCUUCGCACAGUGUCCUCUUCUGUCAUAGAGCAGCUCUUCUUCGUCCGUUUGGUAGGUAAAACCCCCAUCGAAACUCUCAUCCGAGACAUGUUGUUGUCAGGGAGCAGUUUCAACUGGCCUUACAUGUCCAUCCAGUGCUCCUAGACCUUGGGUGUUUCCCACCUGCCCCUGCACCCCCUAACUCCCUAGAGACUAAGAGGACUCACCCUGACCAAGGACUCAAAAGCCUUUGGGGAUGCUGGUAUGAUGGCAGGCCAGGCAGAGGGGAGGAGGGCUGGGGACAGGAGCAGCCCACUCUGCAGGAAUGCAAGCUGAGCUGCAAACCAGGAGAGAAAGAGACUCAUUUAGGAUCUGAUCUGUAAGUACAUUGGAAUGGAAAGAAAAAGAACCUCCUGUCUGAUGAGAAAAUGGAAAAAAAGAUUUGGAGGAGAGGACCAUGAGAAAUGUAAUAAAAUAGAAGGACUCUGAUGGACCUUCCAGAAUUUACUGUGGAUGGAUGUGGAUAUAUUCUGUACAGAAAACUACUCAUAUGGAAGUGGACUGAAUCCUAUGUAGAAACACACACUGAACAUUGUUAUUCAUUUUGUAAAAUACUAGUCUUUAUUUUCAUUUUUGUAAAAUUUAAACAUCGUAUGCGCAUAAACAAAAAUGAACAAGAAUUAGGGGGAAAUAACAUUUUCCAAAUAAUUAUAAAAUAUUUGUCCUGUGUCUAUGUAUCUAUAUCUGUUUUGUAUUUUUUUCUGGUUCCAAACCAGAUUUCCUGUGAUUCUAUACUAAUAAUUUUUGAUAUAACCCUUUGCUUCUUAUAAUGAGUGCGAUAUAUGUUGUCGAGGCUGUUCUUCAAGAAUUAAAAUUGAAGUGAAAAUUUAAACAAAAAUAAAAGAAUUUAGCAAAA